AUGUAUCAGGAUUUAUACAAACGUAAUAUAGACAAAGGCAAAAGGCAGGAAAUCCGACGCCAGCAGCUAUUACAGGAACAAAAAAUAAAACGUUUGGAACAACAGGACGAGCAAAGAGUGUUCAGAGAAGAGAGCAAGCCAUCGGGAAAUCGACGUAAAUACAAACAACAAACAUUUCAAGAAAUCUAUGGAUCGGACUUGGGUCCGCAGCUAUCUGAAUGGAUGAGAGAAAAGCCCGAGUGUUUAGAUGAUUGGCUUUUAGUACCAUGUCCGAAAGGCCAGCGAUGUUUGGUGGUAUCCUCAAGAGGCAAAACGAGAAUGUUUAGUAAAGCUGGACGUUUUCGUAUGUCUUUCAUGUCACAUUUACCAGGUGGCGGAGCAUCAACGAGGCCUGGAAGUGGUUUUUCCAUUUUGGAUUGUAUUUAUAACCCUGGUAAUGAUACAUUUUACGUAUUGGAUGUAUUGUGGUACGGCAAACAGUGUUUCCUGGACUGUGAGACUCAAUUUCGUUUCUUCUGGCUUAAAUCGAAAUUUGAUGAGUUGGAAGAUGAAGCCGACGAAAGGGAUCAUGAAGGAGGUAACAUUAAACCAUUCAGCCUGCUGAAAUGUUGCGACAUUGCCAAUAAUGUUAAGACGGCCCAAACAUUACAAACAUACCCCUUGUGGUCUGACAAUACACCGGAGCUGGAUGGUUUCUUAUUUUAUCACAAGGAAGCCAGUUAUACUUGCGGUCCUACACCUUUAGUAUGUUGGCUUUUUCCUUUUAUGGUUGGGGAUGUUUUGCAAAUGCCUGUUAACAGUAGUUACGUACCCCCACCCAACUACUCUUCCCCCUGGAUUUACAUGGACGAGUUUGAUAAAGAUUUGGCGCGCAGACGACACAAAGGACACACAAAACAAAUGGAUUGUUAUAUUGACACAGAAACCGUGAAUAGUAGUUCAACAGACAUGGAUGGUGUACAAGAAGAGGGCGAGGAGGAUGACACAAAUGAAAAAGAGGCAAGCGAGCAACAUCUUAUGGAUGAGAUUAAGUGCGGCUCGUUGGAGCGCAUUAUGAAUGCAGAACGUCUGUUGGAAUUGGAGGGAAUUACAGAGAUGUGA